AUGACGGUAUCGUCCGCAUCGUCGACAGCUGCACCAGCUGCUUCCAACACCACAGGCUACGAGCUGCCAUGGGUAGAAAAAUACCGGCCGCUACGACUGGACGACGUGGUGGGGAAUAAAGACACGAUUGAUCGGCUCAAAGUGAUUCAGAAGGACGGCAACUGUCCGCACCUGCUCAUCUCGGGACUUCCCGGGAUCGGCAAAACUACGUCGGUGCUCUGUCUUGCUCGUGCGCUGCUGGGCGAAGCAUACAAAGAGGGUGUGCUCGAACUCAACGCUUCCGACGAACGAGGUGUCGAUGUGGUUCGAAACAAGAUCAAGACGUUUGCGCAAAAGAAAGUGUCGCUCCCACCCGGAAGGCAUAAGAUCAUCAUCCUCGACGAGGCGGAUAGUAUGACUCCUGCUGCGCAACAGGCGCUGCGAAGGACCAUGGAGAUCUACUCGAAUACUACCAGGUUCUGCUUCGCUUGCAAUCAGAGCAACAAAAUCAUCGAACCCAUCCAGUCGCGCUGUGCCAUCUUACGGUAUGCAAAGGUUCGAGACGAACACAUCUUGAAGAGGCUCUUGGAGAUUUGCGAGAUGGAAAACGUCGAGUACUCGGACGAAGGUCUGGCUGCGAUCAUCUUCACCACCGAGGGCGAUAUGCGUCAGGCGAUCAACAACCUUCAGUCUACCUGGACUGGCUUGGGUUUCGUUAGUCCAGACAACGUGUUCAAGGUAUGCGACCAACCGCAUCCUUUCCUCAUCCGAUCGAUCCUGCUCGCGUGUAAAGACGGCCAUGUGGACGAAGCGCUGGAAAAGCUCGAUGAAAUUUCGAGCAAAGGCUAUGCCGCUGUAGACAUCGUCACGACACUCUUCAGAGUAGUCAAGACGCUUGACGCCAUUCCCGAAGCAACCAAGCUGGACUUUAUCAAAGAAAUCGGUUGGACCCACAUCAAGAUCCUCGAAGGGGUCGCAACACUUGUCCAGUUGGGCGGCUUACUUGCCAGGCUAUGCAAGCUCAGUAUGCAUCCCAACCAGUUCCAGGUGUGA